AUGCGUGGAAGAGACAAGAUUAUGAGGAAUACUGCGCGUCCAAUAUUCACGGGCUUGCAAUAUGAUAGCUCGUUCAUGUUUUUAGGCGGGGCGUUUAUCUCCAUGGGCACAAACACAAACGCAAACACAUACAGACCUCCAGUGCGGACGACUAUGCCUCCAGCGGGAGCAUUCUUGCCCAUGGGCGGAGCAUACAUGCCACCUGCGGGGACUUUCAUGCCUACUGCUAUUGACAGGGCUUUUACGCUGUCGAGCAGAGAGAAAAGAGUGCGACGUGGUGGUGGUAUUGAAGAGAGCUCGCAGUAUUAUAUCGAUGGGAUGAACAAGUUGUACCAAGACUACUUGGCUGACAUUGGAUAUUGA